AUGAGGGCUGUACCAAACCUGCAAGCAUAUUUUGGUCGUGUUCGAUUUUGCAUCAUUGAUAUUCCAAUGCGGAUUCAACCAAUGCUUCCUGUGGCAUCAGAAUGGCAUAAGCUAGUGGAUGAAACUGGGACACAGGUUGGUCUUGGAGAUAUCAAGUUAUCUGUGUGGAUAGAUGAAUGUUUUCCUGAUGCUUGGUUUUCAAAUGCCACAAGAAUGAGCGGUGAUGCUGUUGCUUAUACUCGUCACAAGUUAUAUACAUCACCAAAGCUUUGUUAUCUCAAAGUCCAUGUGAUUCAAGCACAGGACUUGUUGCUGAGACCUGACAUUUUGAGUUCAGAAAUUUUUGUCCAAGUUGAUUUGGGAAGCGUGCGUGUGAGAACAAGUCUUUCUAAAAACAUGGGUGCAAGUGCAAUUUGGAACGAGGAUUUGUUGCUUGUUGCACAAGAACCUUUUCUUGACACUCUUGUCAUGAGCGUUGAGCAGGGGACAUUGGACGAGCAUGUAAGCUUGGGAUGGCAUAGGCUUCGAUUGACAAGCGUGGUUAAGAGAACAGGUGUUGGUAAAUUGGACAUGGAAUGGUAUAAUCUUGAUAGGCCUGGAGUCAUUGAGACUGCAAGGGAGGUUAAGUUUGCUAGUAAGAUUAAUGCAAAGAUCUCUUUGGAUGGUGGCUAUCAUGUAAUGGAUGAGCCUAUUCAUUAUAGUAGUGAUUUUAGGCCUUCGUCAGAGAUACUUCAGGAACCAGAAAUUGGAGUUUUGGAACUGGCGAUCCUAAAGGCAACUGAUUUGGUGCCAAUGAAGAUGCAAACCAGAACAGAUGCAUAUUGUGUUGCUAAAUAUGGCCCAAAAUGGGUUCGAACAAGGACAGUUGUUGAUAGCCUUUCACCAAAGUGGAAUGAGCAAUAUGUUUGGAAUGUUUAUGAGCCAUGUACAGUUAUUACUAUUGGAGUUUUUGACAACAACCAGUUAGAUGCUAUCGAUAGAGCUGGAGGAGCAAGUGAUAUUCUAAUGGGUAAGAUUAGAAUUCGGCUAUCAACACUUGCCCUUAACAAAGUCUAUACAAAUUCUUAUCCCAUUAUAGGUUUGCACCCUUCAGGGGUGAAGAAGAUGGGAGAAAUCCAUUUGGCAGUGAGGUUUUCUUCACUUGCUUCAUAUGGUAUGCUUGUUGAUAUGUUAGUUGAUAUGGUUGAUAUGUUUAAAAUCUACUUCAAUCGACCUUUGUUUCCAAAACAUCACUAUGAUUUCCAACUGUCUUCUGCCCAGAUUGACAAUUUAAGAAAACAAGCUGUUAAUGUUAUAGCAUACAAGUUGAGCAAUGGACAGAUACCACCACUGAAAAAAGAGGUUGUGAAUCUUAUGCGGGAUUUGAGGCCAGACAUGUGGAGCAUGAGAAAAGCAACAGCCAAUUAUAAAAGGGUCACGAGUCUUAUUGGUGACUUUGCUGCCUUAUGGAAAUGGUUACAGGACCGUUAUCCCAAGAGGCCUAAGCAACCUUGUCAUAUUGAUGCGCAAUUGUCUGGUGCUGGUAUAGCAACUCGUGAGGAUCUAGAAGAAGAACUUGAUACGUUUCCAACACAAAUUGAAGGGGAUGUACUAAAAGUGGCUAAUGACUUUGCCACCAUUGGAGAGAUGUACCAAUCACUGACUACUUUUACGGACCCAAGAGCUUCAACCAUUUUUUUUGUAUUUUGUCAUUGUGUUUUAAUUGCGAUGUCUUGUGUUACUAUUCGUGGGGUCCUCGCCGUCUCAAUCCUAUGGUUUCUAGUGGGUUCAAAAAUCCAGAAUUUGUUGGGUUUCAGGAUCGGACUUGAGAAUUUGAUCACUAGGCUGCCCUCCAAUCGAGCUUUUAUACUUUGA